AUGGAUAUCAAGGAUAGCAGCGAUGAAGAGGACGAGAAAACGCACGAUAUCCCGGCAUUCGGUAAAUUCGACGAGACCAUUGUGGUACGCAACGCUGAGGAAAUUAAAAGUCCUGUAAGCCAUAAACCACCGAGUUCCAGGAAAACCAGGAAAAGCGAUAGCUCAAACACAUUGGAGGACAAUUCGCCACGCGGCAGGAAACAUGAAUUUAGAAGAUAUUCGAGCAACGAGGUCGGCUUCGAGAAAUCGUUGGAAAUCGGCAGCGAUCCCUCGGACAGUGAGGAGAGCGACGAUGAUGAUAUACAGGGUAUCAAUGUAGCAAAGCCUAUUGAUCUGUACAAUCCGAAGGAAUUUGAGGAUCUGGAAGCAUCGACGGAGGUUAAAGAAUUGUUUAAUAAUAUAAUGAGAUACACGCCACAGAAGAUCGAGCUGAACUACAAGCUGAUACCAUUCAUUCCCGAUUACAUACCGGCUGUCGGCGACAUAGACGCCUUUAUAAAGGUGCCGAGACCCGAUGGCAUCGAGGAUAAGAUCGGCCUGACGGUAUUAGACGAGCCCUGUACCGAACAGUCCGAUCCUGCGGUGUUGCAUCUGCAGCUUCGUAGUCAUUCGAGAAGCGCUGGGGCAGCCGCCAGGCAGGCAGUUGUCAAAAGGAUCGAGGACGCCGAGAGAAAUGGCAAGUCGAUCGACAAAUGGAUCGAUGACAUGAAUCAGCUGCACAGGAGCAAACAUCCGCCGGCUGUGCAGCUAAACCGAGCGAUGCCGGAUAUCGAUGGUUUGAUGCAGCAAUGGCCACUGCAGGUCGAAGAUAAGCUCAAUGAGUUGCAAUUGAAUCUAUCGGAGCUCGAUUGCAAUUUGCCACAGCUGAUCGAUGUGGUCUGCAAUCUUUUGGACAUUCCCACGCGAGAGGAUGCUAGAUUGGAAGCCUUACACACAUUGUUUACGUUGUUCCUGGAAGUUAGAAAUGUUGAAACUCGAAACUUUAGUUAACUUUAGUUAGAAGCAGAAAGAAAGAGAGAGAAAUAGCUUCUAUGUACAUUUAUACAUAGCAUUAUAGAUUGUAAACAAUAUUUUAAGAAUUUUCUCCAUUAUAUUUACAUUUUCAGCUGAAAAUUUUUUUUCUAUCCGAUUGUUUGUGUAUACCAUUAUUAAUGUAGCUUUUGUAUUAAUCCAAUAAGAGUUAUAAAAAUAUAUUAUUAAAUAUUUUUUAAAUUAAAACAAUCUUUACAAUAAAUAUACUCAUACAGUGAACGUAGCAUAUAUAUA